AUGGCCAACAUGCACGACGAUGAAAUGAAACACUGCUACGAGAACCUGAUCGUCGUGGACGUCGGCGCGAAUCUAACCAACAAGAAGUACAUCCGUGAUCUGGAUUCGGUGAUACAGCGCGCCAAGGAUUCCGGCGUACAAAAGAUCAUGGUCCCGGGUACGUCAGUGAAAUCGAGCAAGGAAGCACUCCGCCUCACCCGUAUCUAUCCCGGCAUCAUCUACUCAACCGCCGGUAUACACCCGCACGACUCGAAAUCGAUCAUCGAAGAACCGAGCACCUGGCACGAUUUUCAGGUAAUGGCCAGCGCUCCCGAGUGUGUCGCGAUCGGACCCUGCGGGCUGGACUAUCAGCGCGACUUUUCCGAACCCUGCAUCCAGAAGGAGAUCUUCGAACGUCAGCUAAAGCUUGCCUGUGAGCUGCAGAAGCCCAUACUCAUCCACGAACGAUCGGCACAGGAAGAUGUACUGGAAAUACUAACGAAAUUCCAACCAGCGCAACCGAUCAUUGUGCGCGGCUUCAUGGGCACGACGGACGAAGCGUUAAAGUAUCUGGAGCGUGAUUAUUACAUCUCACUGACCGGAUAUUUGUGCAAGGACAAAUCCGAUACCGGCGUACGGAAGCUACUCGAGGACGGUCGGUUACCGAUGGAACGCUUGCUCGUGGAGACGGACUCACCGUUUAUGUAUCCGAACACGCGUGCCUCCAAGCUGCCGCAGCACGUGAAGGGUGGCCUAACCGAACGGUCGCUGCUGUAUCUGCACCGUUACUGCACCUUUCAGCGCAACGAACCCUGCAGCUUGCCGGCAAUCGUGGAAAUGAUAGCGGCUUUCAUGAACAAAAAGCCGGAGGAUGUUGCCCUGGCCACCGCAUUCAACGCGCUGAAGCUGUUCGGCUUAUCGCAAUGA